UCAGGGAAGUAGCUGUUGACAGUCGGCAGCUGAUUGGCUGAUGCGAGUCACGUGACUCCGGCACCAUCAUGGCUGCCAUAACAAAGUUUCGUCUGCUGCACAUUUUGCGAAAUGACCCUCGUAGACUUCUCAACGAGCCUCUUCGGGGUCUUUCCGAGUCUGCAAGAUGCGCUUCAUCUGUUAUGUCUGCUGACACCGAAGGUGACUCCCUAGCAAGAGAUCGUAGACUGGAUUUUGAUGCUGAAUCAUUGGCUGCCAGAGGGUAUCUCAGAAACCAGAAGCCUUACAGUCCCCCACAUGAUGUAAGAAUUAGAGUCCUUCAGUACUGUGAAAAGUAUAUGGGAAAGUCAACAACGUUUCCCGACAUUGAAACAAAGUUUAAAAUUCUUAGGCAAUGUUCUCAGAGUCUUAAGCAUACAGUACCAAAUUCUCUUAUUCACAAGAUAACAAAUAUUGAUGAGCUUUUGACUUUUUACAAAACACCAGUCAACACCACAGUUCCCUUAGAUAUGAUGAAGGAUAUGGACUUGCCCAAAAAUUUACACGUAAUUUAUAAGUAUCAACGGUUCCACCCAGAAACUGACACUUUCUUUGGGGGAAAGACAGCAUUUGCCAAAGACUCAACUAUUGUUUCAAGCAUCAAGUACAAGAAAAAAUACCCCGGUUUUCUUACCGAUUCUUCUGUGUGGCCAGAAAAGUAAUGUUAUAUUUAAUUAAACAAAAGUUCAGUCUUUGCUUGUAAGUUGUAUGUUAUUCAAAUUCAUCUUAUUUGAUACAGAGGUAAAAGUCAGUACUACAACUCAUUAUUGCUCUGAACUUAGUGAAUUUGAUGGUUGAGCAAGGGAUUUACAUUUUUUUCUGGGAUCUGAAAUUUACUUGCCUUGAGAUUUUGUUCAAUUUUGAGCUUAGUUAACCAACUGUAAAAUCUUGGAUUAACACAAACAAAACUUGUGUACAGCAACAUUGUAUAUAAUUUGAAUUCAACCAGUAUAUACAUCAUAGACUGUAAUGACAUUUUGUAAAGUUAUUUGUACAAAAAUAUAAUAAAAUGUUCUCUUAU